AGCCGCGGGCAGGGCGAGGUGAACCGAGGACAGCGAAGGCGGGCGGGGCGGGCUGAUGAGGGACGACCGUGGGAGCGGCCAGGCUCUGUCAAAGAGGACUUCGAAGCGGGCAGGAAGACAUGGGCGGGAGGACUGCUGCCUCACGGACCGAGCCGGACACAUAAAGGACCAAUUCAGACUGUGAUCCUGCACUUCUGGAGAAAGCAGCAUUAGGAUUUAAGAACCAGUCGUCUUUUGGAAAAUGUACAGCCAUUCCCAAGAAGUUUCCAGUAACUAGAUUUAUUUUUCAAAACAUCCUUAAGAUGUCUAGCACUGUGUCCUCUUGGAUUAUAAACUCUACAAGAAGCAGCAUCUGCGCUUUGCAUGGAAAAGGACAUUUGAAUUUCAGGUACAUUUCAAGCCACAAGAAAGUUACACGGAAGAGCUUGCUUUCCAAAAGUCCUUUUCCCUCUGCACAGGCAAGCAUCAGAGGCAGCACAGCUGAUGUUUUCACCUCAAGCAAGGCUUUCAGACAUACGUCAACAGAAGAAGAAGAUUUCUCCUUCCAUCUGACACCAACACAGAUAGAUAACGUAUUAAGGGCAAGCGAAUUGUCCGUUGCAGUACCCGAAUUCGAAGGGAAAAACCCCAGUUCAGUUCUGAAAUUUGAGAGUAACCAGUUGGCUGCCAACACCCCAAGUGAAGACCGUCGAAGUGCAGCUGCAUCCUUGCAGACCCGGGGGAUGAUGUUCGGGGUCUUUGAUGGCCAUGCAGGUUAUGCCUGCGCCCAGGCGGUCAGCGAGAGGUUGUUUUUUUAUAUAGCCAUUUCUCUGUUGCCUCGGCAACGGCUGGAGGAAAUCGAAUUUGCCAUGGAGUCCCUGAAGCCUAUUCUGCCGAUCCUGCAGUGGUACAAGCAUCCGAAUGACAGGUUCUAUCAAGAGUUAGCCUCUUUAUAUUUGGAACAACUCAGGGUUCAUUGGCAGACCUUGCUGGACAUGGAAUCUGGCUUUACGAUGGAAGAAGCCUUGGUGUACGCCUUUAAGAGGCUGGACUCAGACCUGUCGUUGGAAGUCCAGGCUCCCUUAGAAAAUGAACUGAUAAGGAACGUAGUCCUUCAAGGCGCUUUUUCAGGUUCGACAGCAUGCGUGGCUCACAUUGAUAAUGUUCAUUUGCACAUAGCCAACACUGGAGACUGUAGGGCCGUCCUUGGCGUUCAGAGCAAAGAUGGAUCGUGGUCCGCCCUCCCUCUUACUCGAGACCACAACGCCUUCAAUGAGCUAGAAAUCUUAAGGUUAAAAAGGGAGCACCCAAGGUCUGAGGAGGACACCCUCUUCGUGAGCAACAGGCUGCUGGGAGUCCUUAUGCCUUCUCGGGCGUUUGGAGAUGUCCAGUUCAAGUGGAGUCAGGAGCUGCAGCAAAGCGUGCUGGGAAACAGGAGCAAGGCUGAAGCAUCAAGCGUUUAUGGAUACAUACCUCCAAACUACCACACCCCUCCCUAUUUAACUGCAGAGCCGGAAGUCACCUACCACAAAAUAAGGCGUCAGGACAAAUUUUUAGUCAUCGCCUCGGACGGUCUGUGGGACAUGCUGGGCAACGAAGAGGUGGUCAAGCUCGUUGCGGAACAUCUGCUUGAAACGGAUAGGCAGCAAAUGCAGCUGACUUUUAAAAAGCCAGCCAAGCUGGGUUACCUGCAAAACCUGCUGCUCGAGAGGAAAGCUAAACACGCCCGCUCCUGUGACGAAAACGUGGCCACCCACCUCAUCCGGCAUGCCAUUGGGAGCAAUGAGUAUGGAGAGAUAGAUCCAGAGAGGCUUGGAGCCAUGUUGACACUUCCCGAUGACCUGGCACGCAUGUACAGAGAUGACAUCACGGUUACUGUGGUCUAUUUUAAUUCCGAUACGGUUGGCGGCUACUACCAAGAGAAUAAAUAAGGGACCUGCCUGGCUACUAGAUCUUACUUGUGCUAAUUCUGCAUACGAAGGGGUUUCUUUUUGCCUCUAGUGAAAUGUGACAGUGUAGAAGUCCCCUAGCUUUCUCCAGUGGCCUAACUUCCCCCUUCUAAGCAAGAAGUUUGCUUAGAGUUUAAAUUUUAUAAAGUUUGUAUCGAUGUAUUAGAACAAAAUGUUGUAAGAUGCCCUGGGGGUGGGAACAAGGGAGGGGCAGAUCUGUGCCAAAAGGAUUGAGAAAUAAAGAUGUAGUUAGCUGUUUACAGAAUGAGUAAGACCUGAAUGCAAUACUGUUGCCAAGGCAAUUGAUGGCAAAUGUCUUUGGCUUUCCUGGAAGUGACUUUACUGUUGAAUGUGAUCAGCACAAUCUUGUCCAGACAAACGGGCACACUUGGCAUUUGAAGGCGGGGCUCAAAAGUAGCCACUGAUUGGAAGACUGCAUAUGGAGGGCUUAGCCAGUGGGGACGAUGAUGUAUCAAACUGUUCUUGCUCCUGACGUGCUUGGGAGAUGGCCAAAAAAAAGGGGAUGGAAUUGGAGAUGGGUUUCUGUGCCCUAGAAUGUGAAUUUUAGAAGCCCAUUUGAUGAGCACACUGUUUGUUCCCUGGACUUAUUCCUCUGUUUAUUCUUAUUCCAAACAGUUCAUCCAUUUCAAAAGAGGUUGGCUUUUCUACUCUGCUUUCGACUGUAACCUAUUUAAAGUUUGAAAACCAGUUUGCAUUCUUCUUGUUCUGAUUGUAAAGCUCUCCGUGCACGGGACUAAAUUGUUGCUUGAACACAUUUAUACUGCGUAGCAGGGAUUGAAGGGUUUUAGUUAUUGCCUAUACUGUGCCAUAACAUACUGUGCCUCAGAA